UUAAAAAUGUCGCCGCACGGCCAAGCCUGUCAUCGCGACAGAUAACAAGUUUCGACCGCCGUUUUUUCGAAAGGGAUGGAAUUUAAUACGAAACAUAGAAAAUUAUCCAAAAAUAAAAAUUCUGUUCGUACUCCCGCAGCCACAAAACAACGAUUAACCAAAAAGAAGACUGUAGCUCGAAAACGAAAAUGCGUGUGCCUUCCUGAAAAUUAUUCGGUAGUGGAAUUCCCAUCGAUAUGGAAUGAAUUGCGACAGAAUGGCCAACUGUGCGAUGGGAAAAUUGUUUGUAGGGAUAUGAAAUCAAUAAGAGUGCACAGGGCAAUACUUUCAGCCGUUAGUCCCUAUUUCAAAGCAAUAUUUGUAAAUUCCCUAAAGAAAGGAGAACCAGAGGAAACGGAAAUUUUUGUAGAUGUUCCAAGUUGUUACAUGAGCCUCAUUCUAGAUUAUGCAUAUACAGGUACAUGCGUAGUAACGGCUGCAAAUGUAGAAUAUUUGUUACCUUAUGCUGACCAGUUCGACAUCGUCGGUGUUAUUCAACUUUGCUGUCAAUUCCUACUACAGGAGUUAAGGCCACAUAACUGUCUUGGAAUUUUCAAGUUUGCUAGAUAUUAUUUUUGUGGAGAGCUUGAAAAGAAGGGGAAGUUGUAUAUAAGACAGAAUUUUAGCAGAAUACUUAAGGAAUGUAAUGAAUUUAAAUCUAUAUCUUAUGAUGAACUGGAAGAUAUUUUGAGAGAUGAUGAAUUGAACGUUCGAAAUGAAGAGAUAGUGUUCCAAGCAGUUAAAACUUGGGUAGAGCAUGAUUUAGAAAACCGAAGAAAAUACAUUCCAUCGCUUCUCUCCUGCGUCAGAUAUGGUCACAUUAGUUACAAAUAUUUUAAAUCUAAAAUUUUACAAUGGCAGCCAGUGAUAGAUGACGAGAAAUGCCAAGAAGCACUUUACCCAGCAGUGGUAUUCCUCACAGUUUUGGAUUCAAGGCCUGGAACAGAAGCAGAUCUUAAUGACCCCUUAGCGCGGCCUCGGAUUCCAUACGAAAUAUUAUUUGCUGUUGGUGGUUGGAGCGCUGGCAGCCCUACGAGUUUUGUCGAAACUUAUGAUACUAGGGCUGACCGUUGGUUCCUCUCAAUCCACAUGGACCUGACUCCCCGCGCGUACCACGGGCUGUGCUCACUGAACAACCUGAUCUACAUGAUCGGCGGCUUUGACGGCAGUGAUCACUUCAACACCGUACGGUGUUACGACCCCGUUGCGAACACGUGGCACGAACGGGCUUGCAUGUAUCAAGCGAGGUGCUACGUCAGCGUCGUCGCUCACGAUGGUCUAAUCUACGCAUUGGGUGGCUACAAUGGCCGCACGCGAAUGUCAUCGGUAGAGCGCUACUAUCCGGACAAGAAUCAGUGGGAGAUGACCACGUCUAUGAACAAACAGAGGUCUGAUGCGUCCGCUGCUUCUCUUGGAGGCAAAAUAUACAUAGUGGGCGGCUUCAACGGCCAGGAAGUGCUUAGUUCAGCGGAGGUGUUCGACCCCGACACGAAGCAGUGGAGUUUCAUCCACUCCAUGAUCAGCCCGCGCUCCGGCGUCAGCCUCAUCGCGUACCGAGACUGUCUGUACGCGCUGGGAGGGUUCAAUGGCUACAGCCGGUUGAAUACUGGAGAAAAGUUCAACCCUCAACGGGGCGGUGAUUGGCAAGAAGUCACGGAGAUGUUCAGCGCUCGAAGUAAUUUCGCCACAGUUUUAUUGGACGAUAUGAUUUUCGUCAUCGGUGGUUUUAACGGGUCCACGACAAUCCCGCACGUGGAGUGUUACGACGGCGACACGCUGGAGUGGUACGACGCAGCCCCGAUGAACCUCAACCGCUCGGCUCUGAGCGCCUGCGUUCUGGUGGGACUCCCGAAUGCGCGCUCGUUCUCCUACCUGGCCAAAGCUGUACCGGCCGCCGGCGCCGAUCAAGCCCACCAUUCCUGAUAUUAACAACAACAAAAUACACACAAACAUACAUAAAUAAAAUCUUGAAAAAUCAUACACUUUAAUAUUAAAAUUUUUCCGACUUUUAUAAAUGGUUUUUUGGACUAAAUUCGUAGGAACAAAAUUAAAUGGCGGCUUAGUAAUAGCAUUAUAUCUGUGAUAUUUUGAUUGUACAGUUAUCGUUUGAUUAUUCUAUUUUUAUGUAAUUAUCGUAAAUCAUGGUUAAUUAAUAGAGUUAUUUUAAUGUACAGGUCUUAAUCAUGUUUGUAUUUUAUUUUUAUUUAAUUGCGCGCGCGCUAUAAUUAAGUAGGGGAAUCGGAACCCCGUGCCGUGAGAUGUUUAUUAUUUAGACGCUGUUUUAGCUACGGGUUUGCUCGAAAUUUUCCAAGUCUUUUUUUAUUGUGUAGUUUGUGACAAAUUUUUAUUUGGUAUUUUUGUGUAUAGUUCGCGUCCGGUAAAUCAGGAUGGCCGCGUUUUGGAUGUUUGUACGAUAUUGCGGUGAGCGAAACAUUCGCUGUGCUGUUGUACCUGUGAUAUUUUCAAUAAAUUGUAAAAGAAAGUUCAAAAAAAUGUAAAAUUUAAUAUUUUUAUUUCGAAAAAUUUACUGUACCUGAUUGAAAUAUUGAGAAAUUGACAAAUAAAGAAAAACCAAUCUA